AUGGCGGAGACGGCGAUCGCGGCGGUGCUCUCAAAGUUCGGAGGGCUCGCAGCGACCGAGGCCAAGGUGCUGCUGGAGGUGGGAGACGACAUGAUGCUGCUGCGGGACCGGCUGGAGUGGCUGCAGGCCUUCCUCCGCGACGCCGACCACAAGCGCCGCACCGGCGCCGACCGGUUGACCUGUGUGGGGGUGCGUCAGACGCGCGACGUCGCCUUCGAAGCAGAGGACGCCCUCGACGAGUUCUUCCGCAAGGUUCCUUCCUUUCCUCAUCCCCUGGCUGCUUGUCGUAAUUUCUACCAUCGCGCGCGAUGA